CCGCGCAGGCGCAGAGGCGCGGGGCCCAUGGCGGCCGUUGCCCCUCGCUGAGGCGCCGUCGGCCCCGCUGCGGCCCCGCUGCGCUCUGGGUGGCCUCAUGAGGAGGCGGCGGCGGCGGCGGAGCGGCGAUGGGCUCGCUGAGCAGCCGGAUGCUGAGGCGGCGGCCGGGCCUCCCGCGCGGCGAGGGGGCGGCCGGGGACGGCGGCGACCGGGGAGGCAAGCGGAGGCGCGGCGGGGCCGAGGGCGACGGUGACAGUGACAGCGAGCGGGAGGAGCGGCUGCUCGACACCCCCUGCAGGAAGAAGCUGAAAAGCACUUCCAAGUACAUCUACCAGACCCUGUUCCUGAACGGGGAGAACAGCGACAUCAAAAUCUGCGCCCUGGGCGAGGAGUGGAACCUGCACAAGGUCUAUCUGUGUCAGUCAGGCUACUUUUCCAGUAUGUUCAGCGGAUCUUGGAAAGAAUCUAGCAUGAACAUCAUAGAGUUGGAGAUUCCUGACCAAAAUAUUGAUGUGGAAGCUCUACAGGUGGCUUUUGGCUCACUCUAUAGGGACGACGUCUUGAUAAAACCCGGGCGAGUAGUUGCACUUUUAGCAGCAGCCUGCAUGCUGCAGCUUGAUGGUUUAAUCCAGCAGUGUGGUGAAACAAUGAAGGAAACCAUUAAUGCAAAAACUGUGUGUAGUUACUAUAAUUCGGCGGGGACAUACGGGUUAGACUCUGUGAAGAAAAAGUGCCUUGAAUGGCUCUUGAAUAACCUGAUGACUCACCAGAGCGUCGAACUCUUCAAAGAACUCAGCAUAAACCUCAUGAAAGAGCUAAUUAGCUCUUCUAACCUGCUGGUAAUGCAAGUGGAAAUGGAUGUGUAUACUGCUCUCAAAAAGUGGAUGUUCCUUCAGCUAGUGCCUUCUUGGAAUGGGUCUUUGAAACAGCUCUUAACCGAAGCUGAUGCCUGGUUUGCCAGGCGUAGGAAAGAUUUUGGUGAUGGCAUCGCGUUCCUGGAGUCAGAACAGGGGAAUGCGUUCCUGCCGGUCUUCUCGCACUUGAGAUUACAGUAUAUCAUCAGUGACCUGGCAUCAGCCAGAAUUGUUGAGAAGGAUUCCCUAAUACCCCCAGAAUGGCUGCUCUCUGUUUACCAACAGCAGUGGUUUGCCAUGCUCAGAGCAGAACAAGACAAUGAUAUUGGGCCUCAAGAAAUAAAUAAAGAGGAAUUUGAAGGAAGCAGCAUGAGGUGUGGUCGGAAACUCGCAAAGGACGGUGAUUACUGCUGGCGGUGGACUGGCUUCAACUUUGGCUUUGACCUUCUUGUUACUUACACAAAUCGUUACAUCAUUUUCAAGCGGAACACGCUGGUUCAGCCGUGCAGUGGAUCUGUCAGCCUGCAGCCUCGGAGGAACGUAGCCUUCAGGUUACGUCUGGCCUCUUUUGAUAGCAGUGGGAAAAUUAUUUGUAGCAGAACGACGGGAUAUCAGAUCCUAACCCUUGAGAAGGACCAGGAGCAGGUGGUGAUGAAUUUGGACGGCAGGCUGCUCAUCUUCCCGCUCUACAUCUGCUGCAACUUCUUGUACACCUCGCCGGAGAAGAAGGCCGACAGUGAGGCGCCGCCUGAUAAUUCAGAAGCCUGACACCUCGUCGGCAGAACGCAGUAGCACUUCUCAAACUCUGCGCCUGCUUUAAGUUCAACGCCCUGCUGACGCACAGAGCUUUGGCAACGACAAAGGCCUUACACUGUAGCAAGUACACAUGGCCUUAGUAUACUCCUAUGCAUAUCUGAAGAGAAGGUCAGAAGUUACACAGGCCAAAACUAGUUAUCCCAUCUUUUUUUUUUUUUAUUAUUAUUAUUUCUGGUCUACAUCUUCAGACAGUAGCCAUUCUGUGUCUGAGAAACGUUACGUUUUUGUUUUUCCGGGCAAAAACUGAGCCAAACUGAAACUAGGGAAUUUGCGUGAGUGACAUCUUACGACUUUACCUGCCAGAUCCAGAGCACACGUUGCAGGAUGUGUGGGUUUUGUUAAUGUGUUUUUGGCGUUUGUUUUUUUUUAAUGACUGAUCUGUAAACACCAGAUCCAUAUUCUGCUUGUCUUUGUGGUCCUUUUCCAUUAAGGCCAAAUACAACGGCCUGUCAAUGUCACCCAUCAACUUGUGUUACUUAUUUAACUGUACAGGCUUCCAAACCUGCUUGUGUUUACGCCUUUGUUACAUCUCAUACUCAUCCAUUUCUUUCUUGUUCUGGGGCUUUUUCUAACAUUGCAGCAAAUAUUUCUCUGUAUGGGUUUUAGCAUGUGAAUUUGCUAAUAAGGAUGCUCAAAAGUGACUUAUUUUUUUCCACGUACUGGAAAUACUCUCAUGUUCUAACCAUCAUCUGAGUCUGCAGCAGCAGCAGCUCUCAGCCGGGACUCUGCUGAAUGCUUACUAUGCUCACAUGAACCAAAAACCAGGUUUUAAACAUUGCUUUUUUGUGACUUGUUUUAAGUGUUAUAUUGGGAAUAUAUCCCAUUUUAGCUCAGGAACUUGUGACCUUUGAGUGCCUUUUGAGUUGUACGUGUUAACACAAACUUCCCAUCAGUUAAGCAAGGUCACAGGAUCCAGAGGAAGAGCUGGGAACAAGGGAUUCCUUUUCAGUUGGGUUGACAAAUGAGUCGAGCGUAAGACAUACGCUGCAUUCGUUCUUUGUAUGUGUUGGGUUUUACGUUUGUCUAUUGCAAUUUUGAAUUCUUACAGCAGGAUUUUUGGACUCAACAUGGGAAUUUUGCCUCUUUAAUAGCCUAUUUUUUUAACGUUGUCAGAAAUGUAUAAAACCAUUUGUACUUUAUAACAAGGAUAACGUGCUGGGCAAGAUGGAAAAAAACGUGGCAACUUGUCAAUAAAUGAUCUCAAGCGGA